AUGUUGGUGCACUCGGAAGAACGUGGCAGGUCCGCGUCUCGACCAGGAAUCGUACACCAACAUUCUGGCACACCGACAAUACACCGCAGUUUUUCUGAACGACCUGCCACGUCUAUCGCUUCUAACUCAACCGUGGAUAGCAGAAACCCAGAUACUCUCAGAUUAUCCGUGCUUCGAAAUGAGCAUCGGAGAGGGAGUUCGCGUGCUACUGUUGAUAUCGGUAGAUCAAAUGCUCAUGCCAAUCCCCCGAACAAGAAUAUACCCAUGGUAUCCGACCACGUGAAGGCGGUCCAUUGGAACUCAUUUGCGAUGAAUAAACCGAAGGAAAAGACUGAUUCGAUUACAUGUGAUUCGCCGCCGAAGGAGCCUAAGCAGAACAUCAAGUGGAGUAUUUCUCCCUUGACGAAACUAGAAAAGAUGCAUGGAGCUCUGGCCACACUUCCUGCGGCACAUGAUACACUCACAAAUUCCAUGGACAGUACAGACAAUCGAUUUGUCGACUUGAAUCGUGGAAACCAUUCCUUCAAGAGUUCCUUACAUCUGAAAGGGGCUCAAGAUGAGGCUCAAAGCAGUCUCAAUGACUCCUUGAGUAGUCUAUCGCAAGAAAGUGAGAACAGUAUUGACGAGGAGCGUGCUGCUACUGACGAUUUGGACACAUCCGCCAGAUUCACUCCCGAUGAGAUAGACACCGCUGCAACAGACAUUGAGGCACCCUCGUCUGUGAUUGACUUCAUGAAGGAGAUAACAGAAACACUGUCCACCCGAUAUAUACCCGACAUAGUGCCAGCCGCGACACGAUUCACCUCAACCAGAACACAGCAAAAAUUGCUAGAUUUGAAGCACCUCAUGCAAGAGGAAGAGCCGCAGAGUAGCUCGCCAUUUGCCAAUCUGCUUGACUAUGCGACAAAAAUACAGAACGAAGCUAUUCUCGCUGAGUGGAAUCAGAUCAGGCAUCGAUUUUCAAGCUACGUCUCUACUAAUUCAAAAAAGACCAUUACGUGCCAGGCCGGUGUGUUGGGAUCUCUACGUCGAUGUCGAGAUAACGGAUUCUAUGGGAACAACAAUGAACACUGUAUAAAGAGCGAAGAAAAGGAUCUUUUCUUGAAGAAGCUAUGGUUCAAAGAGCAAUUCCCUAGUCCCGAUUUCCAAUCCGAAACAACGCCGGAGCCAUCCACAGAGCCACCGCUGGUAAACUCACCCGGCAACUAUUCCCUCAUGGCUAAGAGCGUGAUGUUCAACAGACAGCGCACAGAGUAUGACACUUAA